GACCGGCCCGAUCCAUGAGAGUAAGUUACCUUAUGGGCCAGGCCUUUCUUGGAAUCAAUCCAUCAUAGCAACUAAAGCCUACCAAACGAGCAGAAAAAUUUAACGGUCCAGCCCAGUUAUCUGCCAGAAGAAGAUGUAGUAUCACGAGGGAAUCACUCCGAAGCCCGUCACCGCCACACGCACGUACCCAAAUGGGUCUCAGCCCCUCCAAGCGCGUGGACGCCGCGCUCCGUCGCGCGCCGGCGUUCGCCGCCUCCUGCGACGCCGCCUUCGACCGCUGCCUCGCCGACGCGCAGCGCGCCUUCCCGGGCGUCCGCCGCUACCAGCUCGCUGACGCCGCUGCGAACAUCCACUCGGAGCUCCGGCGCACCCUCCCGCUGGUCCGGCGCUGGGUGCCCUCGCCGCCGCCUCGGACCCGCGUCGACGCCGCGCUCCGCGCCGCGGGGCUCGAGGGCGAGGGGGAGCUCUCGCGGGCCCAGUUCGGGGAGUUCGCCGCCGAGCUGUUCAGGGAGGCCGUGCUGGCCGGCGCGUUGGAGGCGGCGCUCGUCCGCGCCCCCGCCGCCGCGGCCGGGAUCGUCGGGGUGGGCCUGGUUGCUCGCGCCGCCCCCGGGGUGGUCGGGAGAGUCAUCGCCGUCUACGCCGCCGGCGUCGCCACUGCUGUUUAUCUCAGCCUGGGCUAGGUUUUCUUGUGUAAUUUUCCCAGAACCUGUACUGUCCAAGAAACUGAGUACUUCUGCUAUGUAUGUCGAUAAAUUCCGGCCGGCAGUUCUUGCAUAAUAAUGCAUAGAUAGUAUGGUGAAAAAACUGAGAUUGCAUUGAA